AUGGGUUGGGCAAGGGAAGAGGAAGUCAAGUAUGGCAUCCGUGAGAUACACCGUCCACCACCCCCUAUGGAACCGGAGGUGGAUAUUGUUGCCGUUCACGGCUUAAACGGGAAUGCCCUUGGGACUUGGACGACGGUAGACUCCGGCAUAUGUUGGCUUAGUGACCCUCAGUUUCUACCCCGCUAUGUUCAAAACGCACGUGUGCUUGUCUGGGGAUAUAAUGGUAGCUUCUCAUCCUUGACGGGGGCCGACCCAUCCCAGGAUCGGAUUCAUGAUCAUGCCCACACACUGGUCGAGGACUUGUCAACCUACAGGAAACUCUCGGGCACCGCUGACAAGCCCAUCAUUUUCCUCUGUCACUCUCUUGGUGGCAUCGUCGUGAAACGCGUAAGUUUACCCUCUGCUCUUAAUCCUUUCUUCGAAUCCCACACCAACCACCAUAAGGCCCUGUGCUACGCCCAAACGAGAACCGGCCAGACAGACCACGCCAUCUUCACACACACCUAUAGCAUCCUCUUUUUCGGCACACCCCACUACAGCACCUCCAAAGCAACAUGGCUAGCCUAUCUCAAACUCACCGGUGCCGCCGCAACACUAGGAAUGGCCAGUCGCCGGUCCGAUCUCGUCGCCGUACUCGAGCACGAAUCAGAGACACUGCAGAAUAUUACCGACUUCUUUAUCCCGCUGAUGCCGCAGUUCCGGAUCUUUUAUUUCUGGGAGCAGAAAAAGACUUAUCUGGGAUGGAGCCCAAAACUGAAACUGAAACUGACGCUGGGGCUGCGCACCUUCAAAACAACAACAACAACAACAACAACAACAACAACAACAACAACAACAACAACAACCCCGCUCUUCACCCUCGGCAAAGCAGUCUUCAUAGUCCCCCCCACCAGCGCCGCACCACCGCACGACGAUAGCGCCGAGCGAACAGGCAUCGCAGCCGAUCACCGGGGUAUGGUCCGGUUCGAGACACCAGCGGAUCAGGGGUUUUGGAUGGUGGCGGAUGCGUUGGUGCGGUAUUGUGCUGAUGCUGUGAGGGAGAUGGGGGGUGCUGCUGCUGCUGCUGCUUCUGGGAAGGGGGGAGGGGAGAUGGUUGGGGGGGACGGAAACCUUUAA